UGCUUCCAACCUAAUAAGUAAACACCAUUUCAACAUUAAAUUAUUACCAAAAAAAGGGGUUAUCAACUCCAUGGCUUUUCUCUGGUUAGCUCUUGCAGUAGUUCCCCUGUUAUUUCUUCUUAUUCAAGAAUUACAGAAGAAGUUCAGUAAGAAGAAGCUUCCUCCAGGUCCAAGAGGUCUCCCAAUUAUUGGAAAUCUCCACAUGUUUGGCGAACAUCUUCAUCAAGAUCUUCAUAAAAUAUCCAAAAAACAUGGUCCCAUAAUGUCUAUCCACUUUGGUCUUGUUCCUGUCAUUGUUGCUUCCUCAUCUUAUGCUGCAGAGCAAUUCUUGAAAACUCAUGAUUUAACUUUUGCUAGCAGACCAUCUAAUGAAGUUGCAGAGACCAUCUUUUACAAUAGAAGAAAUCUUGUCUCGUCCAAUUACGGACAUUACUGGAGAAACAUGCGUAAAUUGAUCACUCUGCAUUUGUUAAGUAAUGCCAAGAUUCAAUCUUUUCAGCCUAUGAGGAAACAGGAACUUGAGAUUCUUGUGAAUUUACUCAAACAGGAAAAGAAUACGAUUGAUGUUAGAGAAAAAGUUUCAUCUGUUAUUGCUAACAUGUCGUGUUUGAUGAUAUUUGGGAAGAAAUAUAUGGAUGAGGAUCUUGGCGAAAAAGGGUUCAAAGUAGUGAUACAAGAUAUAUUGUGUAUAGCAGGAUUGCCCAAUUUUGCUGAAUUCUUUCCCUUUCUUCGUGUUCUUGAUCUUCAGGGAUUUACUCGUCUUUCCAAGGAAUUAGCGAAGUUGUUUGAUGAAUUCUUAGAGAGAGUGAUUGAAGAACAUGUUUUUGAUAAAUCUAGCCAUGAGGAGAAGGAUAUGGUGGAUACAUUGAUGGGGAUCAUGCAAUCUGGAGAAGCUGAAUUUGAGUUUGAUCGUCGACAUGUCAAAGCUAUUUUACUGGACUUGCUGGUAGCAUCUAUGGAUACUUCAGCAACAACAAUAGAAUGGAUUCUAGCAGAACUUCUAAGGCACCCCACUGUGAUGAAAAGACUUCAAAAUGAGUUGGAACAAGUAGUUGGCAAAAACAGAAUGGUUGAAGAAUCAGACAUAGAAAAUCUGGAGUAUUUAGAUAUGGUCAUAAAAGAAAGUAGUAGGCUCCAUCCUGUUGCACCCUUAUUGAUCCCCCACGAGUCGAUUGAAGACUGCGAGGUUGAUGGUUUUCACAUACCUAAAGGAUCCCGACUUUUAAUCAAUGUUUGGGCAAUUGGAAGAGAUCCAGAUAUUUGGGUAGAGCCAGAAAAGUUCAAUCCUGAGAGAUUUCAAGGAAGCAACAUUGAUCUCCGUGGACGACAUUUUGAGCUUUUACCAUUUGGUUCGGGAAGAAGAAGCUGCCCGGGUUUGCAGCUAGGGCUCACCACCGUUCGUUUGGUGCUCGCGCAAUUGGUUCAUUGUUUUGAUUGGGAGUUGACAAAUGGCAUGACGCCAAAGGAUAUUGACAUGACUGAGGAAUUUGGUUUAGUAACGACUAGAGUUCAACAUCUUAUGUUGAUACCUAAGUAUCGUUUGCAUAUAUAAUUUUGUAUGUUGAACGUAUUUAAAAGAACAUAUAUCCUCAUAGACAAGCUAUUUCACUAUGUUAUAAUGCUCGAUAACUUGGAUUCGCCAUUUUCGGGUCAAAUUUAUCCAUCUUCGUUAGUAAAGAUAAUUAUACUUUGUUGUAGUGGAAUGGUUGAUCCUUACUGGGAAAUUCUCUAAUAUUAGUUGAUUAUAUAUAUAUAUAUUGCUUCUAUCUUGA